AUGAAUGAGCCCAAACAGUGUUCGGUUCAUCAAUUACCACAAGAUGUCAACACCAGAGAUCCGCAAUAUGAAGUGACCUGGGACAUUGACUCUGAGAACCCACGAACAUGGUCAGUAUGGUAUCGUGCAUUUAUCGUCGCGUCCAUGUCUUUUUCGACGACUAUUGUAGUGAUAUAUACCACCAUGUACACAUCGGGCAUUGAUGGGAUUCAAGAGGAAUUCAAUGUCUCCUCCAAAUUGGUCGUGCUAUUAGGACUUACGACGAAUCUUUUCGGAUUGGCAAUAGGCUCCGUUGUGCUGUCUUCGUUAUCGGAAAUCUUUGGAAGACGUCCCAUCUACCUCAUCUCCGUUCUGCUGUUCGGUCUUAUGAUCAUCCCCGUCGCUCUGGCGAAGAACAUUGAAACUAUUCUGAUAUGUCGCUUUUUUGGUGGAUUCCUCGGUGGCACUAUGAUUGCCAGCGCGCCAGGCAGCGUAACCGAUGUCACAGAUGACCAGUAUCGAGCACUCGCAUUAAGCUGCUGGAGCUUGGGCACGAUGAAUGGACCGGUUCUUGGGCCUAUCAUCGGUGGCUUCGUCUACCAAUAUCUUGGCUGGCGCUGGAUCAACUGGCUCGUACUAAUAUGCAGUGGCGUUUCCUUGUGUCUCAUGUUCCUCGUCAAAGAGACAUACGCCCCUGCUCUGCUUCGACAAAAGACCACAAAGAGACGGAAAACGACCGGGGAUGGCCGUUGGUGGUGUCGCUUCGACCACGAAGAAACAGGAUUCCAAAUAUUGAAGACCAACCUCAUUCGACCUAUGCGGAUGUUAAUCGCUGAGCCAAUUUGUGUAUUUUGGAACAUAUACGUUGGUGUCGUUUAUGCCGUCCUAUUCCUCUGCUUCGUGGCAUACCCAAUUGUCUUCGAAGGUGAUCGAGGCUGGGCUCCAGGAAUAGCCGGACUAAGCUAUUGCGGUAUUGGCACAGGAACAGCAAUUGCCGUUGCCCUCGAGCCUUUGAUCCGACGAGUCAUUUCCAUGCAUCCCUGUGAUCCGAGUACCGGACGACCAACCCCCGAAGCAGCAGUGAUCGCAGUCUGCAUUGGUAGCAUCUUGAUUCCCAUCGGCGAACUGUGGUUCUCAUGGACAGCGACUCCGUCAGUACAUUGGAUCUCUCCGAUCUUGGCUGGUGUUCCAUUCGGCUUAGGGAAUGGGCUGGUGUUCAUCUAUGCGACGAACUAUAUAGCCGGUAGCUACACUGUUUACGCGGCUUCGGCUUUGGCGGGGAAUUCUAUUGUUCGAUAUGGAUUGGCUGGUGUCUUGCCUCUGGCCGGCGACAAGUUGUACAGUACCCUUGGUGCUAAUUGGGCGGGAACAAUGUUGGGUUUGAUUGAGGUGGUGCUUAUCCCGAUACCUUUUAUCUUCUAUAAGUUUGGCCAUCACAUCCGGCUACGGAGCCCGAUGAUUGUCAAGAGGGAUAUGGAUAGCUGA